AUGAAGAACAUGCUCCUUUUCCUAAUUUUGCUGGGAGUAGUAUCUGGAAGAAGAUCCCAGUUGCUUCAGGGCUUACCUGCAACAAGCACUGUCGAAGAAAACUCUGCAGCUGGUGUUGCAGUCUAUGACUUUAAUGUAACUCUUUCUCCAUUGGCUUCUGAAGGUGUUGCAAUUCCUCCUACCAUAGUAAAUUCAAAUCCACUCACAGAAGCUUUUGACAUUGUAUCAAAAGGAGGUCUUGAAUUCAGGGUUAUUACCACUGGAAACCCCAUCCUAGAUUAUGAAACUAUGCCAAAGAGCUUUGAUUUGCAGAUUUUUGUUGAAGAUACAACUGGAAGGACUGACCUUAACAUAUUGACUAUUCGUGUAACAGAUAAAAAUGAACAUCCUGUAUUUCGAGGAAAUAUGGCAACUCAAACUGUGAUGAUCUAUGUGCUGGAAGGGACACCUCCAGAACGCAUUUACCAAGUUGGUGCAGCUGAUCCUGAAAAUGCAAAACUCCAAUAUUCACUGCUCCCUGCAACAGCACCAUUCUCAAUCAGGGAAAGUGGAGCCAUUUUUUCCACAAAAGAAUUUGAUUAUGAGAAAGAUCCACAUAGUUACUUCUUAAAUAUAACAGUGACAGAUCCAGAUGGACUCAACUCAACUAGAACAGUGAAUAUAAAUAUAAUUAACAUCAAUGAUGAAAGACCUUACUUUACCACAAAACAAAGAAUAUACCAGAUUCCAGAGGAGCAAAGCCCAGGCGCCAGUGUUGCCAAUAUAACAGCUAGAGAUCCUGAUGAUGGAGAUUCUCCCAGCAGACUUUUCUACAGUAUCCAGUCAUCUGACAGACGUUUUUCCAUAAAUCCAGCGACUGGAGAGCUGCAGGUGGCCGGGAGGAUCGACCGGGAUGCGCUUCCGCUGCGGCUCCAUCCCAACAUCUCCCUGGUGGUGCGGGCGGAGGACAGCCCCAGCAGCGGCCAUGCCAGAGAGAUGGAGAUCACCAUUGUUGUUGAGGAUGUCAAUGACAACCCCCCAGAAUGCAAUCCUUCUGCCUUCAGGAAAGAAGCAAAUGAAAAUACCGCUCCUGGGGCAUUUCAUGUUGAUCUUAGAAAUUACUGUAAAGAUAUUGAUGCUGAUCCAUCAAACAACCAAUUUAUUUUCACUGGAUUAUCUGGUUUUGGAAGCAAUAACUUUGCUCUGGAGUCCACUGGAAGACUUGUGAUGACUGGAACUAUUGAUCUAGAAAACCCAGAUAAUCCAGGAGUUGAAGUUUAUACUUUGACUGUCAGGGUGCAAGAUAUUGCCCAUCCUAACUACUCAAAUAUCAUCUACAUUUACAUCAGGAUAAAGCCACUGAAUGAAUUUUUUCCAGUCUUCCGUAAUUUAUCUUAUGUAUUUAGUGUUUCAGAAAUUACUAAAGUUGGAUCCAGCAUUGGAAGAGUUCAUGCCACAGACAAGGACUGGCCACCCAGUGUCAUCACUUACUCCAUUGUAGCUGGAGCUGGCACCAGGGAUUACACAAAUAUCUUCUGGAUCAGCCCAACGAAAGGAGAUGUGAGGAUUUUAGCUAGGUUAGACUAUGAAACAACUCAGAAACAUGUUUUCAUAGUCCAGGCCUCAGACCAACAGAAGUCUACAACAGCAUCAGUAACUGUGAAUGUUUUGGAAGUAAAUGAUGAAGAACCAGUUUGUUCACCCAAUUUCUUCUCACUUCAAAUCCCAGUUGAUUUAGCUGUUGGGACCAACGUUAAUGGCUUCAGGAUUGAAUGUCAAGAUCGUGAUUCUGAUCCCAGGUCGUUCCGUUACUUCAUUAAUGAAGGCAAUGAGAACAGUCAUUUCACCUUUUCACCAAGGGCUGGCUCCAACACAUCUCGUCUGAUUCUUGCAUCAAGGUUUGACUAUGAGAGUGGACUUGAUACAAACUGGGUUUACAGUCUGCGUGUCCACAUAACAGAUGACAAUUUAGUAUCUGUGAGGGACAAAACUACACACUUAACUAAAACUGGAACAGUGACCUUAAGCAUCAGAGUUAUCCCAAACCCAACCACUACCACAACCACUACGCCUGGUGUCACUGUUGUGACCAGAAGAGAGAACCUGUACUCUCCAUCGGCGUGGUAUGUGCCGUUCGUGGUCACCCUCGGCGCUCUGCUGCUCCUGGGGCUGCUGGGCCACCUGGGGCUCCUGCUGCUGACCCGGCUCCGUAGCUGCUGCCCCCCGGCAGGGAAGGCACACAGCACCUCCCUGAUAAAUGCUCCAGAAAAGAAGAAGCCUAAGAAAGAAGUAACUGUGACAAUGACAAAGCUAAACACUAUCUUUGAUGGAGAAGCCAGGGAUCCAGUUACUGGCAGAGUGUAUGAGUUCAAUACACGGUCGGGGGCUCGGAGGUGGAAGAAGAGCAAUGAGCCCCUUCAGCCAGUGCUGGCUAUGCAGGAAAUGUCCAGUGCCACAGAAAACAGUGGCCAAGGGGUGGAUGGACCAGACACACCAAGCAAAAAAGAGCCUUCAGAGAAGAGGGAAGAGCUGACUGCAGCAACAAAACCAGCUGCCAAGCCCUCAGCAGGGCAAUGAGAAACACCAGGCCAAGCUGGGCUGAGAUUGCCGAAGAAGAAAGAGGAGUCUGAGGAUGGGGCUUAUCCUCACCAGCCCCUUAAGGCAGGA